AUGAAUCAAGCAGAAAACUUCCCCUGUAAAAGGGGAUGGCCAAGCCAAGUGAGGUUCAGCCGUCCAUCCGUGAACUGCUUAGGAAGUCAAGCACGUAUCAGCUUAUCGGAGAUGAGGAGAAGGAAGAGUUCAUCAUCCCAGUUCGGCGAGCUCAGCUCUGAAAAUUUACGACAUUGUUUUAUGGGUUCGGGAGCCAGUUGGCGGCAUACAUCAAAGAUGCUCGCAUCCAUUGAGAUGCUCGGAGGAACAGAGGGAUGGAAAAGAGAAGGAACUGGGGAUGGGAAAAGGGAACGGAGGGAGGGGGCUCGUACUACUCUGACCGAUCAUCACGACGACGAGGACGACAACGACAACGACGAAGGAGACAAGGAGGCGGAGGACAAAUGCAUUGGCAGGGCUGCCUGCAAGAGUUGCAGCCAGCCCUGCAUGCUGCAGUCCGCCCUGCUCUACCAUCCCGACAAAGUCAGUAGCACGCCCCAUCAUCAUCAUCCUUAUUAUAUUAUCAUUAGGACGACAUUUUCGCAGGCAAAUGAUAUGAAACGUGAACGAAGUUGGCAAAGUCCCGAUGAUUCGCCUACCGUACAGCCCUACUGGAGUCAACAUGUUAGUCAGGCAGCCAGUGCCGCAGCUACGCAUCAAAAAGUUGCGGUUGCAGCGGCAGCUUAUGACCCGUUAUUGUAUCCUGCCCAAAAUUAUAUGAAUAACAUGAAGAAUAUGCUUGGAGCUGCUGCGCAAUGGGUCGAAUCAUCAAGCACGUAA